AUGGCUCUCAUAGCAGCCAUAGGGCUUCUGUUGGCGGCACAGGUGAAAGCGGCGUUGAUUUCGUCGCCCUUCGACAACUUCAGGAUAGAAUGCCCUCAGGGCUCGGGUGCGCAGAGGUUGAGUAUUCGGAUGGUCGAAUCGCAGGGGCUGAAACGACAGGAUGCUGUGUAUUCGUUGAGCUGUAACAAUAUUAAUGAGGUACGUCGAUAUUUGUGCAUAAAAUUUGGAUCAAAAAAGUGUAAAACACGUCAUGAAUCACAUGUAAAUAAAAAUUAAAAAAUCAAUAAUUUUUGUGACAUUUCGUGAAAAUUUUAAAAAUCUGAAAAAACAUCAAAUUUUUUAAGAAAAGUAACCCAAGUAACCGCAUUUUACUUUUUUCACCAUUCCACUAUUGAUAUGUAAUUUGUCCGUUGUCUAUAUUUGUAAACGUCAUUUCCAGCUCUACCCAUGGUCGGAUAUCCCCCAGACUCUCGAGAAUCUCGAACACGAAGAUUGUCAUUACAGCACUCAAUUUGAUCCAAUUAUUGACAAAGCUGUCAACUUCACGUGUGGGCCCAGAGAGUACUUGGCCAGUGUCGUGAGAUUGUUUGGGACAAAGUAAGUCAAAAACAGACUGGACACGUAAUGCGAAUUAGAGUUUAAGGAAGGACAAAAAAACAUUUUUAAAAUACAAGAGGAGCAGAUAGGCAAUAAUUUUUGUGACGUUCAGAAGAGAUCUUAAAAUUGUCUUAAAAAAUUUCCUAAAAGUCUAAAAUCGCAGAAAAUAAAAAUAUAUCGUACAAAAUCUUCAUAUAAUCGUAUUCUCAUCAAAUUUCUGCCGCUCCAAACUCCUCCGAAAAAAUCAAUAAUUUUUGUGACAUUUCGCUAUUUUUGUAAAACUCUCUUAAAAGCAUAAACAAAGUCUUAGAACUAAAUCAACGUGCAAAAACAACCACAAAAACUUACUUUUUCAGCAUUCAACUGGGCUGCUGUAAGCUCAGGACCCGUGAUGAAGUUAACUGUGAAAACCGUCGAUUUGGAAAGCCAUACGGUCCUGACGUCAAAACUGAAAUUGAGUAAGAAAUUUUGCAUAGCGUUUUUGCGCAGUAGAAUGAUAUAAAAAUGAAGUUAAAAAUACUAUAAUAUUUUUAGACUGAACGCCAAACUGAUCAACGCCGUUGCCGUUGAGGGAAACUCGCUUUUGGUCAGAUUUUGCGACUUGAACCCUAGAGCUGCAUGUAAGGCAAACAUUUAUGAAGCUGGGAUAACGAUUGGUUAUUUUUAGCUGAGAUUUUGGAAGAAGCUAGGUCAACAACGACAAGAAAGCCGACACAAAGUACAGCCGAGAUUACAACAACCAAAUUGAUCACAACGAGAAAAAUUGAGACAACGACGGAGGCAGCAAAAGCUACUACUGUUCAUAAAGGUAACUUUUUCUAUAAAAAUUUUGUUUUUUAAAAUACGCUAUAUCGCGCUUAUUUAAAUUUUAGUCGAUGAACAGAAACAACAAGUUAUCAAGCAGGUAGAAUUAAAGAAGGAAGAAGAACCGGUAAGCCGAUUUUUAAAGUUGUUUGAUGAUAAAAAAAAAGUUCUUUGGUCUAUGUGAAAGUUAUUCUCUUUGAGUCACCUCAAUCUCAUGUUAUUUUAGGUUUCUGAGCCAGCUCCUCACACUGAGAACUCUUCUCUACCUGAGGGUCAACCCAUUGACAUGCUCAAGACCUUACUCACUCCAACAGACCGUCAACUCAAGGAAAACACAACUUUCGUACACAAUUCUCGCCCUCUCCGGCCAAUUCACGGCAGUCAAAACUUGAAAUUGCUGGAUGGAGGCAACGACGAGGCGCCAUCUACUACAACCAAACCGAAGAAAAACAAAGCCAUGAAGGUUCCAGCAACGACCAAACAGCCAACAACAGCUGAGACUACUACUCAGGAAAUCACUACCGAGUCUGUUACGGAAGAGGUAACUGAUCUGACAACAGAAAAGGUUACCGAGAAGGCUACCGAGCCUUCAACUGAAGCCACUACAGCUGAAAAAGAGGCUGAUGCCACGACAAAGAUUACAGAUGAUCAUGAAGUCACUGAGACUACGGAGGCUCGCACAGAAGCUGAAGUUGUUACUGAAGUAGUGAAACUAUCUAAAAUGAUGUUCAAAAAGGUUGAAACAACUAGUCAGCAAGCUGAAGAAGGUGCGGAAACCACAGAAGAGCCAUUAAAAACUUUCCAUCAAGGCCAUAUUGUAAGACAACAGACUCCAGAAGUUGUUCAGGCAACCAUGAAGCCUGUGGAAGAGGUAGGGACUUCUAAACCCGAUGAACCAGAAACUACGGAGGCUCUACAAGGCCAAGAAGAAGCUACCGGAGCUCCUGAGCCAACAGAGAAGGAAGCCAAAAAGAUUCCAGCCCAUGAACAUGACGCUAGAGAUGAAAUCCCCAAGCCGCAAGAAUUUGCAGCUCUAGGUGUCAAAACGACGAAGAAGAUUGAAAGGCCCAAGUCAAAGCAAGCACAAGUUGUAAACGAUGACAUGACAGAGGAAGAGAAAAAAGAAGCGGAUUCCUUGAUGAAGUCGUUGAUGGGAAUCAUGGAUGCUGAGAAAGCCAUGGCCGAAGGAAAGAUCCCAAGUGAAGCACAGCAGCGACAAGCAGAGCAGUAUUUGAGGUAUGUCCUUACUAAUAGGUAGAAGUAUCGGCAGAGAAAGUAAAGGUAAUAAAAAGCCAUUUUUUGUCAAGUAUUGCCUUAGACCUCAAUAAAGUCUUGGCCAAAGGCUGUACAAGUUCAUAUUGCAACAAUUGUAUUCCUGAUUUUGCUUUUAGAGAGCGAAUGGAUGCGAUGGAACGAAAACAUUUUGAACGAUUGGCCAAAGAGAAGGCCGAGGAAGUAAAAGAAAAGGAAGUUGAGGCCGCAACUCCACAAGUCGCUGAGAACAAAGACAUUAACGAACAAGUCCAGUCAGAAAAUAAGGUAAGCCAAUUGCAAAAAAAACUUGCGAAACUAAUGUGAAUUUUGGCGUAAAAUCGGUUCCUUUGUUUUCAGAAUGUUGAUGAAUCCUCAUCCCCGGCCUCAUUCGACUUUGACGCCUUCCCAUCGCCUCCUCCAAACUCUGAGCCAGCAACUAUUCCGCAACUCCCUCUUCGACCUCAACCACCAGUCCAUGACCACGACGCGGUUGCUGAAAAGCCAAAGCCGACAACCACCGCUCCAACAACUCCAAAAUUCGUUGAAGAAGAAGUGCAAGAGGCAGAAGACGCUACAGAACCACCAACUACAACUUUCAAAACUCGCAAGCCUAGAGUGAAAGUCAGCACUACCGAAUCUCCUUACUUGGUAGCUGAAGAUCCAGUUUACAUUGAGCAAGAGAGGCUGCGGCAGGAUCGGUAUUAUGGCCGAAGACUGCCUCAGGAGAGAGGCAGACACAGUGGAAGAGUUCAUGGGGGAAGAUCAUCGAAUCUGUAUAUCGAUGAGGAAACGGAAACGAGCCCAUUCGAUUUUGGGGAUAACCCAGAGGUAAGAGCAGGCCACAAUUAAAAAUUGGGGACAUCUUAUACGUUGAAAAUUGUCAAUUCAUUUUGUAAUAUCUCCGAUGGCAUUUUUACCUUGCUAUAUUUCAUUUUCAUAUAGGUUAAAAUAGUAAGCAAAAAUUUUAAAAUACGCCGGAACUCGAUUUCUGGUUUAAUAUGACGUUCAAAUUUCAGGCCCCAGCUCCCCUUCCUUCACGAUUUGCUCCUCCUCGCCAACGUCAUCGAUUUACUAUUGCCAGUCAGGAAGAUGAACAGCCAUCUCGUCGGUUCAGUUUGAACAAGCAAGACGAACAAGUGGGGCCAAGAACUCCCUUUGAUCCCGAAGUUCGUCGCUCGCCUGUUCCACGUGAGCUUUUUUAUAGCAACUAGAAGAUUCUCUUCGAUUUUCGUAGUAAUUGAGCGACUCGCUGACCUCUUAAAAAGAAAUCUAUAAAACUGUUUUGCAAGUUUUUAUACCAUGACAUUGUUAACAAAAAUUUAAAGAGCAUAUACCUCGUAAGAACACCAUUUUCUUCACUUUCACUUUUGUUUUUUCUAUUUUUUCUCUAAAUAAAUCAUAUUUGUUAAUAUUCUUUACAUCAAAACUUUUAAAAUCUUGCAAGUAUACAGGUCAUUCAACUCAAUCAUGUUUGCUUUCACUGUCCGCCCGCCUAGCUUCUUGCUUACAAUUGUUAGAAGAGCAUCUUUCCGUUCUUCCCUCUUUUGAACGUUUUUGCUUUGGGAUUUACUAACCUCUCGCUGUUUUAGGCAUUGACGCGGAGCUUGCGGGAUUCAUGGAGAUCAGUGAUAAGCCUUAUCUGCAUUCCGGAGCCACAAAAAGACGUCAGCGGCUUCACGACAAUGAUUAUGUUCGGCCAUUACCGGUGGCUGUUGAUCACUCUAGCAAUUCUGAGCACGAUGGAAGUGUAAUGUUUGCCCCAAAGAACAACAAACCACUGGAAAUGUCGAGUAAAUCAAUUUUAAACGUUGCUUAUUAAUUUGGUGAAGGGGACAUUUUAUACGACGAAACGUUUAAUGAUUUUUAGAGAUGUUGGAAGUGGUUGAACAGCAAGAUGCAGAGGAAGAAGUGAUCACUGCAACGCCUAAAAUAUUCAAAAAGAAGGUGAAAAAGAUCAGAAGACCAAGACCGAUUCCAAUGAGAGUUGUUGAUAACGAUGUUUUGGUCCCAAUGAACGAAAAAACAGAGAAAGUAGAGGACGAGAAGGCUAUCGUUGAAGGAGUCAAAAUUUCAGCUCCUCAAAACAAUCCAAUCCCUUCAGGACACGUUGAGGAAAACACUCAUAUCCAUGAAGAAGUUAAUAAACAAGAAACAGAGACCGUGGCUGAGGAAUUGAAAGUGUUGAAGCACCCAAAUCAUGAGAAUAAUGAGGAGAAAUUAGCGAAUAUUGAAGCAGUGCCUACAACAUUGCAAGCAGAUGAAACUACCGAAGCUAGCACAACAAGUGAUGCUCCAACAACGGUUGAACCCACGACGGCGGCUACGGAAGAGACAACAAUUUCUGAGGGACCAACAACAACGACGUUGUACGACCCAAAAUUCUUCUAUCAAACCCCGAAGCUGAAGCGGAGGCAAGAGAAAGAGAAGUGUAGGUUAUACUCACUUUUUGUCAUUUUUUUCAACCAGCACAUUUGUGUGCCCGAGACGUAUUUUACCCCAUUUCAGACUUAACCUUUUGCUCAAAAGAAAUGGCCAUCCGAGAUCAAGAUGAUAUGCCGGUGGCUUGCGGUCUUGACAAUGAAGUUUGGUACCCACCGCGAUGUCCCGAGAACACCGAGUGCUUCUACACUCAUGAUUCGUUCUAUCGAAUCUGCUGUCCGGUUGGACGGCCAUAA